AUGGAAAAACAAAUGCUGAUGUCAGCUGUCCUUCGUUAUUUUCGCACGGUUGUCUAUCUGCUGCUGGUCACCUGCAGCUGCCCGCUGGUUAGCUCCUCUGUGACUGCCUCCAAUGCGCUGCACAGCCUGGCCGACUUCACUUACCCUUACGACAGCAUCUUCUCCCCGCUGCUCAAAGCCCUGUCAGAGCACGGAGGGUCGAGGUGGAACCCAGGCCUGAAGAAAAAGAUGAAACCCGAGCACAGGUACAUGAAAUAUCUGACGGAGGUUUACAAGAAGUCCUCCAGAGUGCACUGGAGCUUGGACGGGAAUAAAAUCUACAACACAGUCCGACUGAUCAAGCCUCAAGAUGAGUGUCUUGCGCAAAGUAAUGAAGAGAGUUUUAUGCAGGAUCUUUCCUACAGCCUUGAUCAAGUAAGAAGAAAAGAACAGCUUAUGAAGUCGGCCCUGCUGUACAAUUUUGACCAUUACCGUGAGGUACCUGUCAACUCCGUGUGCUACCUGAGUAUCAGGGAGCAGGAGCACUCAGACCAGUGUCCGCUGUGUCCCGGGGUCCACCACGCUGUGAACUUCACAGCCAGCACAGACGGGAGGAGCAGGAGGGACUGGGUGGAAGUUGACGUCACCUUGUUUCUCCAGCCUCUCUUAAAGUUUCAGAAGAAGAACAUACACCUGCUCAUCAAUGUCACCUGCCCAGACGAACAAAGAGCCAGGGGUGAUGGGAGCAAAGGCCCAGUAGAGUUCACCCUGAGGUCCCCUCCUCUGCUUCUGUAUCUCAAUGACACAAGCAGAACCGCCAACCAGAGGUUACUGGUCAAUGCCAAAGCAGGUCAAAGGCCAGCCACUGCAGCAAACACUUUUCACAAGCAGAUGGUUUUCAAACCGGAACAGAGGAUUGGGCGGAAGAGGAGAUGGAAGAGGGAAUCCUCAAAGAGCAAACGAGGUGAUAAAAGUCUGGAUAUCCACCUGCCCGACCUUCUUCCAAGCUCUGAAUUCCCGACAAGUGACUGUGCCUUGUAUGAUUUCAGGGUGCGAUUCAGCCAGCUCAAACUGGAUCACUGGAUUGUUUUUCCACCAAAGUACAACCCCAGGUACUGCAGAGGCAUCUGUCCGAGGACCAUGGGCUUCAUCUACGGUUCACCUGUCCACACCAUGGUGCAAAACAUCAUCUACGAGAAGCUUGACUCCUCUGUGCCCAGACCCUCGUGCAUUCCCUCCCAUUACAGCCCACUGAGUGUCAUGAUCUUUGAGGAGGAUGGCUCCUAUGUCUACAAGGAGUUUGAAGACAUGGUUGCCACCAGGUGCACAUGUCGCUAA